AUGGUGUCCCACAGCACACCGUUAACGUGGCAGUGCCGCUGCGCCAAACACGUGGGACACGCUCUGCUGGGGACAGUGCUGCUGGGACCGCUGCCUUGGGAAAGCAGGCUGCGAAGAAAAGCCCUUCCAGCCAGACAAGUGUUUAUGCACAACUUAAUGCUGAAAGCAGUAGCAGGUAAUGAAACUUGGCUCCAUAACCCUGCCUCUCUGAGGAAUGCCUAUUUUCUAAACCACUCUUUUGUGACAUACAAUCUAAAGAACCGUUACCACCUGGGCCUGGGGGCCGCCAUGGCGGCGGAGGCCCCGGAGGGUCUGUUCGCGCUGGAACUGCUGGUGGAGGCGGUGCGGGUGGCGGCGCCGGGCCCCGCGCUGCGCCCGGCCGUGGCGCUACGCCUGCUGGACUUCCCCACCCUCCUGCUGCGCCCCGCCGCCGCCGGGACCCCCCUGCGGCCGGGCCGGCCCUUCCCCUUCGGCCGCGGCAAGCGCUGCAUCUUCCGCUGGAGCCGCAUCCUGGCGCUGCCCGCCGGGCUCGCCCCGGGGCCCCCCCGCCUCCUCGGUAGCUGCGACGUCUCCCUGGCCCCCGCCGCCGCCCAGCUGCUGCAGCGGCCCGGGGCGCCUGCUUCCUGCGGCUGCCGCGGCCGCUUCCCGCUGCGGGACGCCGGGGGACGCCCCGUCGGGGAGCUGGUCCUGGGCUACCGCCUCACCAGCCUGGAGGCCGGCGGGGAGCCGUCCCCGCCCAGCCCCGCAAGCCCCCGCGCUUCCACGCCUGCUACCACCUCCCCGGAGCCGGGGGGCGAGGAGGAGGGUGAGGAGCUGGAGGGCAAUAUCUUUUGCCCUCCCGUGCUCUACUACAGCCGCCAGCCUGCCGAGCAUCAUCUGCCACCGGCAGCGGCCCCAGAGAAAUGGGAGCAUGUCGAGGCCUGCAGACCGCAGGAGAAAGACAAGGUCCAGAGCCCUCCGCGUCCCAGUGCUGGGCCCUCGCUGUUGCACCCCACCAGCCCUCCACAGCUCCACCAUGUCCUGGGGCAGCUGCCGCUGCUCAGUGCCUUGCUGGCAGAGCUGUCGGUGCUCACACACAGCGCUACACCCGCUGCAGUCCACCCCCAUCUGGCCUGGCUCUACCAGGCCCUGGGGAGCGGUGGUGUGGCCUCACGACCCCCCAGCCCCGGCCGCUCCUCAACCCUCAAGCCUGCAGAGGCACCUGUGGGGCCUGGUGGGAGCAGUGGAGCUGCCAGCCCUCGAUUCAAGCAAGGCCAGCAAGAGUCCACCUCACCGGGGUCUUCGCGGGCUGGAAGAGGACCUCUGAAAGCUGUACCCCAGGGAGAGACGGGCUCUGAAAGGAACUGCAGAACUAAGGAAAACAGACCUCCCAGAAAGAAACUGUUGUAUGGGCUGACAAAUACACUGAGGCUACGGCUGCAGCAGACCAACCCUGAUAAGCUGAUAAUUCAUGAAAGGAGAGAGCGGUACAGAAAAAAACAAAUGGAAAUGCUGAAGGAGAGAAGCUCUUUAUCCAAAAAAAAAUUGCUCAGAAAUGCUGGAGAACAGCAUGUGGUUUCUUGCAGGAAUUGUAUCAAGGGGGAUAGUUCAAAGCAGAAUAAUCAGUUUCAUAAAACUGUUGAGACUUCAUUACAAAAUAGUGCUCUCACAGAUAACGUUUCUCUGACAGGACACGUGUCCCCUGACCUGCAGGAACAGGCUGCUACAAGUCUAUUGAAGAACGAUGAAAUUGCAAGCAAGGAAUGUUCCUGCAAAGUUACUACAGACCCCUUAGUGGAGCAACCUGUAUUUAAAUCUCACCAGGAAAAGUAUGUGAAAGUCCAACUCCCAGCAGCUUUCCCAUCAGAUGCUAAUGCAAAGGGAAGUAAUGAGGAAGCAAUACACUUAAUCCAUCAUAAAACCACAGAGCAUGAUGAUGCAUCUGUUGUAAGUGAUCAUAAACCAAGUCCCAGCAGGAGUGUUGAAAACAACUCUGAAUUCAUAUACUCAGAUGACUUCAUUGCUAGUCCUGAGAACACGAUUUAUUCAGAAGAUUUCACCAGUGCUGAGUGUACGGGCAGGGACUCAGAAGCUCUUGACAGCAGUCCUGAACCUCUGUGGCUUGAAAGCCCAGAGCGAGGUUGGUCAGAUACAGAGCCGGAAUCCAGCAGGUCCAGAAUUUCAAAGACAAGUCAAAGACCUGGAAGUACUUCAGGCCUUCUGCCAGUUCCUUCAGCUUCAUCUCCAGUCCAGUUUUUGAGGAGAAACAGUGACUUAAAAAACAGCAAGAGAACUAGCGGUGAAUCUGUUGAUUCACUUAACCUUGCUGGAAUGGAGGCAUCGUUAUUAGAUGAAGAACAAGAAGAGAACAGGGUUGAUCAGCAUAUUAAACAAGUGCCUACACUGAGAAGCAAACAAGUUAGCUCUGGUUCUGAUCUGAGUAUAGGAAAGGGGCAGAACUCUGCAGGAAAAAGUCAGGCAGUAACACAGGUUAGCUCUUACUUGCCGUCUAACAUGUCUGAUCUACAACUUGGUGUCCUGGAAGACAGUAUGUCAGACAAAGAGGAUGAUUUUCUGGGAGAACUAUGUGUUCGUAAUCAAUACAAAGACAUCAGUGAACUUGUAAUAAACAAGCUUCCGGGAUACACAAUGUAAUUACAAGUUUUCACUACCUGGAUUAAGAUGUGAUAUUUGAACUUUAUAAAGCCUGUUACAUUUAGCUGCAAUGUACACAAAUUAAUUUAAGACUUCAUCAUGCACAUUUAAUACAUUGGUGAAUUUUCUUAAGAGGUUUUUAAA